AUGCGCCGAAACGCAGAUCCAAUUGCCCGACGCGGGCCGGAAAUCGCAGCAAUAUUGAUCAGCUUCGACAAACACACCGAAUGGCAGUCGAAAGAAGUCAAAAUUCGACCAAAAAGCGGCUCGAUGCUGCUGUACAGUCGCAAAAAAGUGCGCUACAGGCGCGACGGAUACUGCUGGAAGAAACGGAAAGACGGAAAGACCACCCGAGAAGACCACAUGAAACUGAAGGUGCAGGGCACAGAGCUAAUAACGGGAUCGAUCGAAGUUGAAAAGGCGGUGGACGCACUACUUCCCGAAGAUGGCAGGUUUAAUUUUAUGCAGCUGGCUGAUAAAUAUGGCCAUCCGGCGAUCGAACAUGACGUCGUGACAGAGGACGGAUACAUACUCAAAUUAUUUCACAUACCAGGAGAUAAAGGAAGACCUGUUCUGUUAAUGCAUGGCAUUGCGGACUCUGCGGACGUCUGGAUUAUCAGAGGAAACCUAUCGUUAGCAGUCGCCUUAGCUGGUUCCGGAUACGACCUUUGGUUUGGCAACAUACGGGGUAACAGAUACUCUCGGCGUCACGUCAGUCUCAACCCCGAUCAAGAUGAUCAGUUCUGGAACUUUAGUUUCCACGAAAACGGCCAUUACGACCUGCCUGCAAUAAUAGAUACGGUGCUCGAGGAAACAGGUUCGGCCACGCUAAACGCUAUUGGGUUUUCACAAGGCAACACUAUAUUCUACGUGCUGUGCUCAACCAGACCGGAAUACAAUUCGAAGAUAAACGUAAUGAUGGCAUUAGCACCCAUAUGCUACCUGCAGAAUGUGCCACCGCCUCUUUCGAUACUAAUAAGCAUUGCACCGUUGCUGUACAAGUUCUUCACUGACCUGGGUAUCAACGAGAUCGGUAACGAUCAUUCGCUAUUAAACACAUACGAGAAAAUCAUUUGCACGCGCCCUCAAAUCGGUUACGAUCUCUGCGUCGAAGGCCUAAUGUUUCCAAUCACUGGAUACGACAGCGAAGAACUCGGGCCCGACUUCGUUCCCGUUCUCGUUGGCCACUUCCCCACAAGCACCGCCACGAAGGAUUUAUAUCACUUAGCCCAAGUCGGAUACCGGCGCGCAUUUGCACAAUUCGACUAUGGUAAUGCGGGGAACAUCGUAAAAUAUAACUCUACACUGCCCCCCGAGUACGACUUGAGUUUGGUAACUACUAAAAUAGUUUUUUACGUCGGCCUGAACGAUCGUCUCUCCACGGUAGCCGAUGUUGAGAUUUUGAAGUCGCAGCUGCCAAAUGUCGUCCGUUAUAUUGUGAGUCCGCGUUUGCAGUGCAACCAUGUUGACGACGUUUUGGGUGCACAUAUGAAUUAUAACAUAUUCCCUUACAUAUACGACGUUUUAGAAACAUAU